AUGAGCAACGAUUCGAAAACAACACGCUCAAAGGAAGUACUCUCAUUUCUUGACCAGCUAGACACAGACCUCAAGACACCGGGCGCAGCAGUGGCUGUAAGCCAGGAUGCACGCCACGAGGCAGAGCAGCACCCGGAGACACAAGCGCAGGUAAAUGUAGAGGAAUUCACAGCGAACCAAGAGCCGCCAUCAGCCACUACAGACGAGGCAGAGAAGACUAUCGCUUACCUCCAAAACCUGGCGCUGAAGAAGAGCAGCAGAGGAGCCACACCGGUGAGCACAUCGCCAGCCCCAGAUAAAGGCAAGCAGAGGGAGUUGAGCGGUGAUGCAGAGACACCACAACAGCCUGAGCCUCAAGCAGAGCACGCUCCAACCCAACCACCAGCACCGCCAUCUGGGUGGGGGAGUUGGUUCACUGCCGCACAGACACAGGCUCAAGCAGCGCUAGCACAAGCGCGUGAAGUAGCCGAGCACACAGCUACUACGGCCACACACACUCCAGCACCCGAAUGGAAGAGCAGGCUUGGAGGAUUCGUUAAAGGUGCGGGUCUCGAUAGAUUAGCCCAUGAUCUCGCCACACAAGGCAAACACGCUCUCAGUGAGGUAUACAAAGCGGUCGUUCCCCCCCUCGCCUCUGCUGAGGUACUCGAUGUGUGGGUGUCCCAUGAUAUGGUGGGUUACGACGGUAUUGCGGAUGUCGUCUACGCGGGUCUGGCUAAAUCUCUCGAACUUAUCGAGGGCGGCGAGCUCGUAGUUAAUACGCAGAAGAGUACAGAAUCUACACGCGAUAUCAACCUUCUCGAUAAUUUGGAUGCCGCCACUCAACUCACACAAGAACGCCUCAACGCCCUUCUCGAAGCAGAGGCUGAGUUGAAGGAGAAGAAGAAGCUGGCGCUAAGCAAGAAGAAUGAGAGUGAUAAUGAGAUUGUCCAUGAGCAUGCGCAUGCGCAGAACGAGAAAGAUAAAAGACAAGAUAGUAAUACUCACAAUGAGCAUGACGUGCUUACACAAUCUCACGCAAACCCUCACACACCCAUCAAACUACGCGUACAGCCCUACACAGAACGCAGUCCACGCCCAGUUGUGCAAAUGAAUUCAGUUGAAAGCGCAGAAAAGGAAUACGUGUGUAUACGAUUCAUGCUCACUCUCGUAGAUAGCGCACAUGGUGUCGAAUGUGCAUCAUUCUCACAAUCCCUUCCACUCAGCUGGAUUGAGGAGGAAAGUUCACGUCAAGGCGACGAUAAAGUCAACUACCUCAUUUGGAUUGAAGGUGCUCUCAUAGGUGUGAUUAAGUCUGCUGUUGAACAUAUUGCUCUCGAUUACCUCCGUAAACGUAACAUUGACGUUACUACCCUCGCCAAUAACUUGGAUUGGUCAGCUGCUACUGCACAGAUUCCCGUUUCAGAUUAUUAA